CACAAAAAGGAAAGAGAAAUAAACCAACCCUUUGAAGAUCACACACAAAGGGUGGUAUAAGAAUUCCAAGAAGGAAUUAUCCAACGAUCAACAAAAGGAAUAAAGCAGAAACAAUGGGUUCCAAACAAUCUUUGUUGCUGGUGUUUCUUUCCUUCCUCAUGCUUGGCUUUGUAUCUUCACACCACCUUUCGAAUGAGGGUCUUGAGCUUCACGGAUCCAGCUCGGGUCGAUCCCUUCAGCAAGACCAAACUUGUCCUGAGGUCGAGAAUAUGAACUACACGGUGCUGACAAGUCAAUGCAAAGGCCCUAACUACACACAAGAACGUUGUUGUGAACCUAUGAAGCAAUUGCUUUGCCCCAUUGCUGCUAAGUUCAAUGACCUCAGUUCCCCCUGCGGACGCAUAUUUUUCUGUAAUGUGGAUUACCUGGGAAAUUACCCACCGAGACUCUUCGCAGGUUUGUGCAAGGAAGGGAAGAAAGGCCUUGACUGUAGGAAAUAUAUCUGAUCCUACAAUUGGAUAGUUUUCUAAUGCUUUCAUUACAAUAUAAGGUUUGAAACAAAUUGUUCUUUUACCAUUGUUCUAAAAAAUUUAAAUAAUUUCAUAUUACAUUGUAUUUUUGCAUAUUGGAAUAAUAGUUAAUUUGUUUU